AUAAUUACUCAUAAUUAUCUUCCUGUUUUGUAGCUACAGUUAGGCGUGUUUAGUGUAAUUUGUUACCUAGUUUAUAGCCUAGCAUUAAGUCUAUACUUGUAUAUAUUCGGUGAUUGACAAUGAGAAUGACGAGGAAAAUAUUCCCUCAUCUGUCAUGGUAUCAGUUAGCCUAAGGUACAAUCUUCUCUAAUUCCGUUGCGCCCUAGUUGCUCUGUUCCGCCCACUGCUCUUCUUUUUCUCUUUGUCUUCUUCUUCUUACCACCUGCAUAUCUCCAUGGGUGAUUCUAAAUCAUCUUUUCAUCCGGCUCUUGUCGUCCCUAAUAUCAAGAACCAUAUUCUUAUCACACUUGAGAUAGAAAAUGUUCAAUACUCUACGUGGGCAGAGUUGUUUAAAAUUCACGCACGAUCUCACAAGGUCCUUCACCAUAUUAUUCCUCUGGCCAAAGUCAAGGAGAAGGUUCCCUCUAUGGAUGAGGAGAAGGAACUAUGGUCUACUUUGGAUGCCACGGUUAUCUCGUGGAUCUAUUCUACUAUCUCUAAUGACUUGUUGCAAACCAUUAUUGAGCCCGACUCUACGACUAUGGAAGCUUGGGAUAGAUUGCGUGAUAUAUUCCAAGAUAACGAACAUUCUCGUGCCGUUGCUUUGGAACAAGAAUUCUCCACCACUUCUAUGGAGGAUUUCCCGAAUGCUUCGGCUUAUUGUCAACGUCUUAAGUCCCUUGCGAAUCAAUUAAAGAACGUUGGGGCAUCGAUUUCGGACAGCCGUAUGGUUUUGCAAUUAGUUGGGGGUCUCACAAGGGCGUACUGUGGUGUGGGUACGUUAAUCCGGCAAAGCAACCCUCUUCCUUCUUUUUACAAAGCUCGUUCCAUGCUCACAUUGGAAGAGGCGGGUAUGGCAAAGGAGGCAGCCACCGAGUCCGCUAUGAUUCACACUUCGCAAGAUGAUGGUUCCUUGAUUUCGGAUAAGCAGGGUCACUCUAAGGGGAAGCAAUUUGGUGGUCAGAAAUCCGGCAGCCAGAAGAACAACAAUGGCCGGAAAUCAGUCGGUUCUGCUGGUGGCAGCCGCAACAAUGGUGGUGGCAAGAAUGGUGGCCGAGGACAGAACGGAGGGAACUCUAAUGCUCCUUCAUCGCAAUGGCAGCAACAACAGCAGUACAUGUGGCCUUGGUAUGGGCAGAGCUUGCCCAUUCCCUAAUUAAGGAUGGGUCAGACCUCCUAUACCCCAGUAGCAGCGACAACCCGGCCUCUUGGGCCCAAGACCACAGCAGCAAGCUUAUGUGCAGCAGUCCAGUCCAUCUCUUGGUUAGUCCGCACCAUUUGUACCUACGGACAUCGAGGUCGCGAUGCACACCAUGUCUCUUCAACAGCCCGACCCCUCUUGGUACAUGGACACUAGAGCUACGUCUCAUAUGACGCCCUCAUCUGGUAAUCUCUCGUCUUAUUUGAAUUUGAGCAAUCAUCCUAAUCAUAAUAUUGUUGUUGGUAAUGGUCAUAAAAUUCCGAUUCUUGGCUUUGGUCACUCUAAUUUGUCCUCCCCGAGUCAACCUCUUUCCUUCAAAAUGUUCUUCAUGCUCCCAAAUUGAUUAAAAAUCUCAUUUCUGUUAGAAAGUUUACUACUGAUAAUUCUGUGUCGGUUGAGUUGAUCCUUUUGGGUUUUCUGUGAUUAUCGGACAGAGCUUCCAAUAAUGAGAUGUGAUAGUCAAGGUGACCUUUAUCCCAUUUCAUCUUUUCUCAACAAUCAAGCUUACUCAUCUACCUUUGCCGCCAUUUCUCCCAAGCUAUGGCAUGAUCGGUUGGGUC